CACACUUUUUCUUCAGUAAAAAACAAACACGAACACUGCACAUUCAAAACCAAACCAAGCUUGUCUUUGUGCAAGUGCAUCAAAUUUCAAUUUCAACUCUAACACCAGAACGUGAACAUCGAAAUUUCACGCGAAAAUGGCAACAGAGAAUUCUCAAGUUUACCACGAAAGGCAAAGGUUACAGUUCUGUCUCGUUCACUCUCUCAACUCCCUCUUUCAGCAAAAGGACGCUUUCACUCGAGCAAAAUUGAAUACAAUUUCUGAAAGGCUCGCACUUGAAGACUCCAACAGUGAAACGUGGACCCCACUAUCUGUUCUUUUCAAGCCCCAUCACAAUGUGUUGACUGGGAACUAUGAUAUAAAUGUUCUAAUUGCGGCUUUGGAAGAGAAGGGAAAGAGUGUAGUGUGGCAUGAUCAUAGAAAGGGGGCAUCUUCCAUUGAUGUUGAUGCACCUGAGGAUGUUUUGAUGGGGGUUGUGAUCAAUGUGGCAUUGAAAAGGUUUGCUGGGAUCUGGAGAAGUAGGCACUGGAUUGCAUUGAGGAAGAUUGAUGGGGUUUGGUAUAACUUGGACAGUGACCUUGCUGCCCCUCAACCCUUUCUUGAUACAUAUAAAGUUAGGGAGUUCUUGGAUUCCACAUUGGUGCAUGGUGGGGAGGUUUUGAUUGUCAUGAAUGAGAAACAGUCUUGAAAAUAAUUAAGUAAAUGUUUGUUAACUCGGUCAUUUAUGGUCGAUUUUUGUGUGCGUCCAUGUUAUAGUGUUUUUUUUUUUUUUUUUUUUUUACUGGUCAAUGUUAGUUGUUAGUUUGUGUGCGUCCAUGUAUAUAGUGUAAGACCGAUAGUAUUUUAAUGGAGAUUGUUGCUUCCUUCAUCCUCGUGUCUCUGAUGAUUUUUUCAUGACUUUUUUUUUUGUGAAUAAUGUUAAAAAUUGCUUCCAGAGGGUGUUAUUUAUAGGAAA